AUGACUCUUAUCAAAUCAAUUUCAAUGUUGGGUAACUCUUUCUCUGGUUUGGAAAACAACUCUAGCUCUGAGUUUGUUGAAACCUCUGGUCAAUCAUCGAUUGACUCCGAUAAUCAAGAACAAUGUUUUGGUUGGGGUAGAAGAAGAACUAACACAGUUAUCUUUGGUGAUGUUAAUGUCUUCAGUGGUGGCUGUGGAUGUGGUGGUCUUAGUUGUUUCUAA